AUGACGGUCACUUCUCAACGUCGCAUACAUGGAAUAUCCAUAUCCAAACCUAUAAUGUAUGGCAAUAAUGCUGAGCAAAUUUCUGAGGCUAAUCCACUACCGCCGGGAGCACCCAAAGACCAUACACAUAUAUGGACACUCUUUGUAAAGGAUGCUACAGGACAAGAUAUGUCCUUAUACGUGAAGAAAGUGGUGUUUAAACUUCAUGAAACAUAUCCGAAUUCUAUGAGGACUGUUGAAAAGCCUCCCUUCGAGCUGCGAGAGUCCGGAUGGGGUGAGUUUGAAGUGGCCAUACGUAUCUAUUUCAACAGUGUAUGUGGAGAGAGAAACAUUACCUUCUACCAUAAUAUCAAGCUUCAUCCAUAUCCACCACAGGCUUUUAAUGGAAGUAUGGGUGCACCGGUGGUCGAUAAAGAAGGCAGGGUUCAGUCUAUUCUGUAUGAUGAAAUCGUGUUUAAUGAACCUACUGAGAAAAUGUUCAGGCUAUUGACGUCCACUCCUGGCUCUUUACUCCCAUAUAAGAGUAGCGAUACCCCAUUUACCAAAGAGUGUGAACGGGAAGAGACUGAUAGGUUGGACAAGGCCUUAAGAGUGGUACAGAGACAAUUGGAUAAGAGGACUAAAGAGUUUAGAGAUUUAGAGGUGGAUCGCCAGAGAUUGAUGCAAAUUUAG